UUAUAGUUCUAAACGAACACCUCCAUUUUCACAGUGAUAUAAAUAAAUGCCCAUAAAGGUGAGUUCCCAACAAGAAAAUACUUUAAUGCUUAUACGUGAGAAUUCGGUUGUCUCGAACCAGACAUCCUUGGCAUGAUUGAUUGCUUAGAAGGCAUAAGACAGAGCAAGAGAGUUGAGGUAUCAUCAGAGUGAAAAUGGAUUCUUCCUUCAGAUCAUCGAAGAACCAAAGAAUCGUGGAUGAAGAAGAUGAUGAUCUUGGUUCUCUAUCUUCCUCGUCUGAUAUUUCAUGCAAUUCGAGCUCCUCAUCUGUAUCGGAUUUCCUGGAUGAUGCAACUUCUUCUACUACUUCUUCCUCCCCUCCUGGUUCAUCUUCUUCAUCCGAACAACUAGCUGAAGGUCCUCUGUAUGAGAUGUCCCCCCUCAUGAAAGAGCUUCCCUUCAAGAGAGGGCUCUCAAAACACUUCCAAGGGAAGUCACAGUCCUUCACAUCUUUAUCUGAUGUAAAAUGCUUGGAAGAUCUUGCAAAGCCUGAGAAUCCCUACAAGAAGAUGAAAUCCUGUAAAAGCUAUGCAAGUUUAUCAGCUUGCUCCCCCAAAACUUGGACCAAGCCCAUCUCAAAGAAGGCUUCCAGAGGUUCUUGUUCUUCACUCAGUGCAAGGAGGAGUAACAGCUUUCUGGGCAACAGCAGGCCCCCAAUACCUCCACAAAGGGUUAAUAGUUUGUUUGCUUGAAUGAAUGGGUAUUAGGGGAUAGAGCCAAUUAAUUUCUUCUGCAAAUCUAAGGAAAAGUCAUGGAGAUUUUACAAAGUUUUAAAGAUUUUGUUUCACCUUAACCUUUUUCUUUCUUUUCUUCCUUCUGGGUCCUGAAGAUUAAAUGAUUAAUUUAUGAUCUUUGCACUGCAGAGAAGAUCUGAAGUUUGAGCAACUUACAGGAAUUAUAGUAGUUUUAUUUUUAAUUCAUUUAAUAAAUAUUAUCAUUAUUUUAUGUUCUGGGUAUCAGGAUUAGAUAGUGAAUUUUAUUCUCCUUAACCAUUGAUGCUUCAAGAUGUUUCGUUAUCCGAAGACAAUGAAAAUUUGUUUAGAUUGCUUGGGUGUUCAUCAUCCGAAGACAAUGAAAAUUUGUUUAGAUUGCUUGGGUGUUCAUCAUCCGAAGCAAGAGAUCUAUGUCAGUCGAUUUUAA